GCAGUGUCACUGUAAAGUGAAACCUCGGCUCCCCACCAGCAGGCUGUUGUGCAGAGCGGCCGCGCGCGUCUCAUUAACUGGAUCACCUUACAACCAGUCAAACAAAACAGGUCAUUAUCCAUCCCAGACUGCAUGGAACCAUCAAAAACACAAAGUUUAGUUCUGAAAGCGAUGUAAUAAUAUUCUUACUGUUCCGUUUGGGCUGGCUGAUUCUCCAAAAAUCAAAGGUUUUAUUCAAUUAUUGUGCGUAAAUUUACAGAGUAAGAAUUGUUACACACAUUUAUUAGCAUUUCUGCAGACUGAGAAAAUCCAAAAUCCAAUCUCAGGUUUCAUUUAUUAUGAAAUGUGCUUAUGCUUUUACAGCUUUUCCAAGCUUGGUACCAAACUAUCCUUAAUUAUUUAAACACCAGUGUAACCAAAUAUAAGAAACAGCAGGUUUAGAGAAUGGUGAUUUCACUUUUCAAUGUAAAACUAAUUAUAUAAACUUUCUGUCAGGUCAAACUAGAUUUAAGAUGUACUUUACAUGCCGUAAGUAAACUGUAAGAAGUAUAAAAGAGCCCUGUUUGUGUUCGUUGAUUUAACCUACGUCACAAUUGUAAGUUAAGGACAUAAAAUACGACCUCUCCAAUCCCAUUUCUUUUUCUUCCGGGACCCUUUAUGUAUAGAGGGGUCAUCAGCCUCUGGCCACCUGCCCAGUGACACCUGGUAAACGAUACGGCCUCCUUGCGCAUGCGUAAUAGUCUGCCAAAAAUCCCAACGCCGUCUCGCCUGUCAACCAAUAGUGUUCCAAUCUGUCCAGAGAUAAAGUCCGAGCAGCGGAGAGCAGAGGAUUGGAGUGGAAGAUUUCAGACCUGAACAGACAGGAUAACAAACAUGCCGAGGUCUUUCCUUGUGAAGAGCAAAAGGGCCCACAGCUACCACCUGCCCCGGUACCCGGACGAUGACUACAGCAGACUGGAAACUAUCCUGGCUCAUGUGUGCGCAGAGAGCAAGUGUCAGGCGGACCUGGAGACGCAGGAGGAUGUAAGCGCCGGAGAUGACGGACUGAUCCCCGGGUCAACGCUGCUGUCCCCGGGGUCUCUGUCCUCCAACUCCCCACUGAGCUGUGGAGGCAGCGUGAGUGACCGAACCUCGGACUGUGAUUUCUGGCGGCCUCCGUCUCCUUCCUCAUCACCAGAUUCAGAGAAGUGCUCCACUCCUUCGGCGGAGGAAGGCCAACACUUCAACAUCCCGCUCUUUCCUUACUCCUGGACGGGCUGUUCCAGCUCUGAGCUCAGGCAAAUGGUUCAGGGGCCUCAUCACCAUCAUCAUCAUCACCUGCAGGGCCACAGGGAGUCUCACUCGCCAGUCUACGGCGCAGAGGACGGCGGCAGCGAGCAGCUUUACGCACAACGGGGCAGUGCGCCCGGAUGCUACCAGGACUUUUCUUCGGUGGGACAACAGAUCUUCAGGAUGCGGGACAGAGAGGAACUGUAUCUGGAUGUGAAGCAGAAGGCCCUUGGGAUCGAAAUCAAGUCUGAAAGCGACUUUAUUUGCUCUAAUCUUGAAUCAGGCGGAUCCUAUAAGUGUAUAAAGUGUUGUAAGGUCUUCUCCACGCCUCACGGGCUGGAGGUUCAUGUGCGGCGCUCCCACAGCGGCACGCGGCCGUUUGAGUGCGGCAUCUGCGGGAAAACGUUCGGACACGCAGUGAGCCUGGAUCAGCACAGAGCGGUCCACUCGCAGGAGAGAAGCUUCAGCUGUAAAAUCUGCGGCAAAAGCUUCAAGCGCUCCUCCACGCUCUCCACGCACCUUCUCAUCCACUCGGACACGCGGCCUUAUCCGUGCCAGUACUGCGGGAAGAGGUUUCACCAGAAGUCCGACAUGAAAAAGCACACAUUCAUCCACACAGGUGAGAAACCGCACAAGUGCCAGGUGUGCGGGAAGGCCUUCAGUCAGAGCUCCAAUCUGAUCACACACAGCAGGAAACACACAGGCUUCAAACCUUUCGGCUGUGACCUGUGUGGGAAGGGAUUUCAGAGGAAAGUGGACCUGAGGAGACACAAGGAGACGCAGCACGGACUCAAAUGAGCAGACUCAGCGUGAAACCCUGCACUUUAACUAUCUCUACUGUGUUUUAUGCUAUUCUAUUUAAUGUCGAAUUGCAAUUCUUUCUUUUAUUGAAUUGUAUUAUUUAGUCUGAGAUAUUCU